AGCAGCCUUUUCUCUGUCACUAGAAGGGUGUCUCUUUGCUUCCGCAAUAUGUCUUACAAUUCUUUCAAACAGACAACCAAGUCCGUCCAGCAUAACUCAGUCGGAUAUGACGGCUGUCAAGUUGGUAGCUAUUACUCUGGUGUAGGGGCUGGAGUUGGCUUUGGUGGUGCAGCUGGUUAUGGAGGUGGUUUUGCUGGUGAUGGUUUUGCUGUAGGUGGUGGCUAUGGUACCGGUGCCGGUGGAAAUGUAAGCAUCUUGUCUGGUAACGAGAAGGAGACCAUGCAGAAUCUCAAUUAUCGUUUGGCAUCUUAUCUGGACAAAGUCCAUGAACUGGAGGCAAAAAAUGCUGAGCUUGAACGUAAGAUUAAGGACUGGUUAGACAAACAUGGGCCAGGACCUGCUGAGGCACCAAAGGACUACAGCAAGUAUUAUAAGGAAAUUGAGGACCUUAACGCUAAGAUCCUCGAAGCAUCCAAACAAAAUGCAGCAGUUUUGUUGCAAUGCGACAAUGCUAGACUGGCUGCUGAUGACUUCAAGCAGAAGUAUGAGAGUGAGCACGUCCUUCGCCUUACAGUGGAGGCUGACAUCAAUGGUCUCCAUAAAGUGAUGGAUGAUCUUACCAUGUCCAAGUCUGAGCUACAACCCCAGGUUGACAGCCUAACUGAAGAACUGGCUUAUCUCAAGAAGAACCAUGACGAUGAGGUUAAAGCCAUCAAAGCCCCAGAAACUGGUAAAGUUAGUGUGGAAAUGAAUGCUGCACCAAGUACGGACUUGACCAAAAUUCUGAAUGACAUGAGAGCUCAGUAUGAAGACCUGGCUAUGAGGAACCGCAAAAAAGCACAGGACGAUUUCAACAAGCUUAGCGCUGAAUUGACAAAGAAAAUAGAUCAAGGACAGACUACAAUUGUUCAAAGCAACACUGAAGUUACCACCCUCAAACGAACACUCCAAGCCCUGCAAAUUGAGCUUCAGUCCCAACUUGCCCAGAAAAAUUCUUUGGAAAUGCUAUUAGCGGAGACAGAGGGAAAAUUCUGCAUGAAACUGUCACAUAUACAGGAGACCAUUGCUAGUUUAGAGGAGCGGUUGGCACAGCUAAGAGCUGAUUCAGAGUGCCAGAAAGAUGAGUACCAACAGCUCUUGGACAUGAAGACUAAGUUGGAGGCUGAGAUCAAUACUUAUAAGUCCCUUCUGGAUAAACUAGGGGCCAUAAAUGUCAUCCAAGGACAGGGUCAAACACAGGGACAAGGGCAGGGACAAGGACAAGUACAAGGAACGGCUACACAGAAACCUUAAAGCAAUUUGAACAAGCCCCGGGCUGAAGAUAUGGAUGUGGAUAUGUAUGGUGGAAGUGGAAGAAGAAAACAAGAAAGAAGUUAAAAACAGCAGAAUUUCAGCCCUAAAAUCACCUUUAUCAAUGAUUUAUUGAUGGCAGCUUGGUUAAUAGUUUCUUCUUUCUUUUCUUGUUGUGGGACUUCUUUAGACAGGGUCUGGUCAAUUGGAUUAUUGAUGACAAACUCAACCUGUCACUUUCUGUUUCUUGUUGUUUUCUGUCCUUUGCAUAAUUCGAACAAUAAACUCUUUUCUGAUGCAAGUUA